AUGGCCUUACCGCCACAGUAUAGGGAACCCGGCCCGGCGCUCCCUACCAUCAUAGUCCCCUCGGCCGACCGUUUUCGAAGUCAUGGGAAUCAUCACGACGUGCCCUUUGGGGGAAGUCCGGCCAUGUCAAUACCCAGACUCGAGACUCCAGACGACGUCCCUCCUCCUCUCCCGCCUCCACGAUACGUUCCCGGCACUGUUGACCUACCACAUCACCCAGACGGCAUGAGGGAUAGAAGAGACUAUGGUCACGCACCGGCGUCUAUUGCCAGCGACUAUGGGAGCAUGGGCUCGUCCUUUGCGGAAGAUCCACCUAACUAUAAGAGGGACAAUGCUGGUACCAUUGGCGAUCGAGACGAGGGAUACGUCAGCUACUCGUCGACAGAGAGGUCUGCCCCCAGCGAGUUUGGUAUGGGUCACAAUGCCUUCCACUUCAAGUCUCCAGCCGAAAUCCAUGGCGACAGCAUGAAGAUGAAGCUCAUUCCCAGCCGGUCUAUUGACAAGUCACCUCCUCGACCAAUCCUGAGUGCCUCCCUAAAUGAACUCCUUUCUCGAAGACCUCCCACCGAGAAUCGGUUUGCCCAGCUUCCAUUUCAAACAUGCCCAGUCCUCGACUUUCCCGCACGAUUCACAGAAACGUCACUGCACUCUGCAGUCUCGCCACGUGCUGAGAUCUUCCACUAUGGUGACCGCUCGCCAAAUGACAGCUGCGACAUUGACCACUCAUCACGAUCUCGAUCGCGAAGGAAUAACAGCGAUGAUGCUGCAUCAAUAAGGAGUUACGAGUUCAGUAGUGCUGAGGAUAUGGAUAUGGUAGAGACUUCGCGAAGAGCAGCUAGUCCGCAAAUUGACCACCCCCUGGCCACUCAACCCCAUCUUCUCCGUUGCCGCGAUGUAGGAUCUCGACGGUCACCGACGCUAUGUCUCGGCACUAUUCCCCAAGGCUUAUGUAUCUCGACGUCGUCAUCGGCAUCUCAGUCCAACUCGUACAUGUCUUCCAUGUCAAUCCCUGCGAGUGUUACCACAGAAAACUCACCCACUGGCUUCUCGUCUGGUAGCAUCUCGCCUACAUGCAGCUCUUCGUAUAACACGCCCAUCUCUCUCACUCCUAGCUCAAGAAACCUGAUCUCAGGUCGUGUGCCAGCAGAUGCUAGAACCGUCUCUAGCGCCAGCCCUCCUAAGCUCACUAGUCUACAGAAGCCUGGCGGUUCUACGCAACUAAGCUUACUUAAAGUAUGUAAAUGUUGCCCAAGGAAGCCAAAGAAGUUCGAAACGGAAGAGGAGCUACACGCUCAUGCGGCCGAGAAGCAAUACGAAUGCUCGUUCUGUGGAAACCGGUUCAAGAACAAGAAUGAGGCGGAGCGCCAUCAAAACUCACUCCACGUCCGCCGUCAUGCGUGGUGCUGCUCCGCCCUUUCCAGCUACGACCGCGCGUUCCACGAGUCGGCAAACCGACCUGCCGAAGCUGAUACUUGUGGCUAUUGCGGUGACGAGUUUCCGCGAUCUGGAUGGAGCCCGGGGGCGGGUACGCUGAGUGGCGACAACGUGUUUAGACACGCCACGGAGCAGGACUGGGAUGAGCGGAUCAGGCACAUGCAGGAGGUGCACAAGUUUAGGGAAUGCAACUCAUCCAAGAAGUUUUACCGGGCGGAUCACUUCAGACAGCACCUGAAGCACAGCCAUGCGGGCACGAGCGGCAAAUGGACGAAUAUGUUGGAGAAUGCUUGUAUGAUGGAGGAAGAGGAUCUGGGAGCACAGCUAGAACAGGAAGCGUGGGAUGGGUUUGGGAAUAAUCCGCCCGUUGUCCGGGCGUGA